GGCUCGGGGGGCUCCCAGAUGUCAGACUCGCUGCUCAACCACUCCUGGCCAUCGUUCUCCAAGCGCUGGAGGAAGAGGUGGUCCUUCAAGAGAGGGUCUGACUGCAAGCCAUGCUUACAGGAAUUCCCUGACCCCAGCACCCCUGCUCUGGAGUAUCCUAACCCUAAAAGCUUCCUCCCAUCCUUGAUUGCUGAGGAUGACUCCUUCUGCAUGGCUGAAGAGAAGGCAAGUCACUCUUCCCCAGAGCUGGAUGGCCCAGCAGGGGACCUGCACAGCAGCACGGAGGAUCUCCUCUCGGACUCUGCUCUCCACGGCACACAGUUUUACAGAGACCUGGGGCUGCUGAGCCCACCAGCACCAGAGGCAGCAGUGCAGCCAGAACAAGCCACCCAGCCUGUGUCUGCUGCUCACCUGCUGGAGGAGAGGCCAGGGGCUCUGAGCAGCUUGUCUCUGGACAUUGCCUUCUCCAACCCCGUUCCCUGCUGGCUGCGCUACAGCGAGGCCGACUGCAGCUCUCUGAGGAAGGACCAUGGCGGCUCCUGUGCAGCAGUGCCAGGAGGUGGUACCAGCACUGCCCAGUGUCCUGCAGAGGCAGGCAAAGAGCUGGACCUGCAGGAGGCCAAGGAUUCCUUCCCCAUGCUGGUGAGAUCGAUGUCCACCUCUCGGAGGCACAGCUGGGAGAGCUCUUUGUCACCUGUGGAUUGCAAGCGCAGGUUCAGCCUGGAUACCACGGAGAUGGGCAGCGACCCAGAGCAGGAGGAUGUGGAGAAGGGGAGCCAGUGCCUCCCACAGCCUCCUCGUGUGUCCCUUCAGCUGCCCAAAGGGGACCUGGAAGCCUGGAGCAGUGGUGGGGGAAUGGUGCUCAAGGUGGAGCUGCACCCCAGGCUGACAGUCAGCCCUGGCUUGGAGCAGGCGGAAUGUGGCAGCAAGGGCAAGAGACUGAGGUCAAAGUCUGUGCCAGCAGCCUGUGAGACAGUGGCCUCCCCCCAGACACCCUGCAGCUUCAACACCUCUCUUCCAGCUGUGGAAGGUGUCAAGCCCCCUGCUCUGGAGAUGCUGGAGAAGGACCACAUGUCCCCGGACCACGUGCUCAUUGUCCAGCAGGUCCUUCAGGAGCUGAAACAUUACCAUGGAGCAAAGCAGAGAGCUGGUGUGCAGGAGGGCAGCGACUGCUCCCAGCAGAACAUCACCUGGUUUGAGUUCCUGUCCAAUGAAAACGAGGAGAGCGGGAAGAGCGAGAAAGCAGAGAAGGGCACCAAGGUGAUGCGGCGCCUGAGCUCCCUGCGGAGCAGAGUCACUGGCUCCUGGCAGAAGGAUAAGGGUAAGAACAAAGAGCAGCCCAAAGAGAAGGAGACAAAGGAGCCAAAAGAGAGGUGGAAAGAGGUCAAUAGGCACCAGCUUGUGCCAGGGGUUUUCUCCAGCUGCACCAGCUGCUCCCUGUGUGCCAAACCUCUUGUGAAUAAAAGUGGUCUGCAGUGCCUGAAUUGUGCUGUGAAUGUCCACAAGAACUGCAGGAGUCUGUUGGCUGAAUGCAGCAGCAGCAAACCCAAGCAGAAAGAUUUGCAGCAGAGACCUUCUGGAUCUUCACAGAGUUCGCCCCAGUGCAUUUCCCCAGCUUCCCUGAAGGAGCAGCCCCGCAGCCUCCUCCUGGGGGCGGAUGGCACCGCAGCGCUGCCGCGGCACCUCGGCAUGACCAUCGCCCAGCGAGGACCUUCCCAGGCUUCGCUAAGCGCUGCUGGGGCUGUCAGUAAACUUGGACUAAUUUCAGGAGACAUGGAUGAAGGGGAUUCAGGCUUUAUAAAAUUUAAGCAGCCUUCAGAUGAUGUUGUCUCACUUGCACCUUCAACAGCAGACUCCAUCUUUCUGGAAGAUGCAUAUUCUGUGUCCCUCCGGAGCGAAAUAGAAACAGACGCUCAUGAGUUUGAGGCAGAGUCCUGGAGUGUGGCAGUGGAGCAGUCCUAUGUGAAAAGGCAAAGGAAAGAUGUGAUCAAAAGGCAGGAUGUCAUCUAUGAACUAAUGCAGACUGAGAUGCACCACGUUAGGACACUGAAAAUAAUGCUGAAGGUGUACUCCAAAGCCAUGAGAGAGGAGCUGCAGUUCCCACAGGCAGUCAUCAACAAGCUCUUCCCUUGUGUGGAUGAGCUGCUGGAGAUGCAUGGCCAGUUCCUGCUCCAGCUAAAGGAGCGGCGGAAGGAGUCCUUGGAAGAAGGCAGUGAUCGGAAUUACAUCAUCCAGAACAUUGGAGACCUCCUGGUAAAGCAGUUUUCAGGUGAAAAUGGGGAGAGAAUGAAAGAGAAAUACACUGUGUUCUGCUGUGGACACAACGAAGCUCUCAGUCACUACAAAGAGCUGCUCCAAAGCAAUAAGAAGUUCCAAAACUUAAUAAAGAAAAUUGGCAACUGCUCCAUCGUGAGGAGGUUGGGGGUGCAGGAGUGCAUCCUCCUGGUGACCCAGCGCAUCACCAAGUACCCGGUGCUGCUGGAGAGGAUCAUCCAGAACACAGAAGCUGGCAGCAGGGAUUGUGAGGAGCUGGGCCAGGCCCUGGGCCUGAUCAGGGACACCAUCAGCCAUGUGGAUGCCAUGGUGAACGAGUGUGAGAAGGGGCAGCGGCUGCGCGAGAUCAUGCACAGGAUGGAGCUGAAGUCCUCUGGCAAGUGCAAGAACGGCCUCCUGUUCCGCAAGGACGACAUGGGGCAGAGGAGGCUGCUGCUGGAUGGGAUGCUCUACUGGAAGGCUGCCUCGGGAAGGCUCAAAGAUAUUCUGGCAGUCCUGUUAACUGAUGUGCUGCUGCUCUUGCAAGAAAAGGACCAGAAAUACACAUUUGCAUCAGUGGACUCUAAGCCUCCAGUUAUCUCAUUGCAAAAGCUGAUUGUAAGAGAGGUAGCUAAUGAGGAAAAGGCCAUGUUCUUAAUCAGUGCUUCCUUAAAAGGACCAGAAAUGUAUGAAAUUCAUACCAGCUCCAAAGAGGAGAGGAACUCCUGGAUGGCAUACAUCCGCCGAGCGGUGGAGAGCUGUCCUGAUGAAGAGGGAGGAGUGUUCACAGAGCCUGAGGCAGAGAGGAGGCUGGCUGAAGCACGAGCUGCUAAGUUAAAAGAAUUUCAAGAGCGUUUGACCUUGAAAGAUGAGCUGAUUCUGCAGAGCCUGACUGAGAAACAGCAGAUUUACCUAGAAAUGUCUGAAAUGAAUGGGUUUGAAGAGCAGUCCCAAGGAUCUCGAGCGAGGCUGCUCCUGCGGGGGGACAUCUCAGAGCAGCAGGGAGAGGCCAUCCUGAGGUCUGCAGUGACAGAAGCUGAAAACCUCCAGAACCUCAUCUUCACUCACUUCGGCAGUGGAUCCUCUCAGCCUGAGGAUGGCUCUGGGUCAGGACUCCCCAGGAGAGCAGAGACCUUUGGAGGAUAUGACAGCAGCCCCUCAGUCUCACACAAAAGUGGUAGCUUUAGGAAGAGCACUGGUGGUGAGCAGAGACAGUGGGACUGGAGGGGCCCUGCAGCAAGUUCAGAUGUGCAGUUCCAUGACCUCCCUUCUGAUGCAGAAGAAGGAUCUCAAACCGGUGAAGUGACAGGGCUGGAUGACAGCAGUGGUUCUCAGCCCUCCGUGGAGUCUCAGCUUGUCCACAGGAUACAAACACUGUUGCAGCUGCUCUUCAAGCUUCAGGCGGUGAUCUCGCAGCAGGACAGCUUCAUCGAGCUGCAGAGAGCCUCCAUGCUGGACCGGGAGAGGCAGUUCCGGCUGCAGUCGACGAGGGGCAACCUGCUGCUGGAGCAGGAGAAGCAGCGGAACUUCGAGAAGCAGCGGGAGGAGCUGAUGACCCUGCAGAAGCUGCAGGGGCAGCUGAAGCUGGAGCAGCAGCGCCUGGAGCGGGAGCGCAGCCGGCAGCAGAGGGAGUUCCAAAGCACCGAGGCUCGGCUGCAGGAGCGUGAGGAGGAGACUCGGCAGCUGCGGGAGAAGGUGACUCAGGAGAGGGAGGAGCUGGAGCGGCAGCGGGAGGCCUACCAGCACGACCUGGAGAGGCUGCGGGAGGCGCAGCGAGCCGUGGAGAAGGAGAGGGAGCGGCUGGACCAGCUCAGGAAGCUGAGGAAGCAGAACACAGUGUCAGGCACCUUCUCCCCAGACCUGGGGCAGACCCAGGUGCUGAGUCACUCUGUCAGCUUCAACGGGGAGGGCACAGACCCAUCCCUGCCCACCCUGAAAGGCUCUGUCAGGGUGAGUGUGUCCGGGCUGGAGCUCCUGGAGCGGCCAGAGCUGGCUCGCAGGGACAGUGCCAGCCUGGAGAGCCGCCCGCCCCUGGCACUGAAGAACGAGGUGCCCAUUCACCUCCUGAGUGCCACCAACCAGAUACAGAAGCCAGCUGCGGUCCAGCAGCAGAUCCCCACUAAGCUGGCAACCUUCACAAAAGGAAGCAAAGAGAAAGGUGGGAAGAGCAAAGCAUCUCACAGGACAGACAGCUCAGCUUCUGCUGACCAGAAGCAGCUGCUCCCGCCCCGGCUGGCAGGACGUGAGGAGGCUGUGCUGAGGGGCAGGAGAUCUGCAAGCCCUGUCCUCCCGAGCAGCCAGGUCUCUGCAUUCCAGCCAGAACCACAUGGCCCUGCAGAUGCCCAGCCAGAAGCACCUUCUGCUGCCCCAGCAGCCCUGCUCAAGCCCAGUAACCUUCCUGUUCAGCCCCUGCCACCCUCUCAGCCCAGUCUGUUAAACGUGCAGGAUGAUGCCAGCAAAGAAGAUGUGAUUUUCUUCUAACCAUUCCCAUCUCCAGAGGAAGCUUUCACCACACUUUCAAGAGCUCAGGCCCUGGUGUCUGAGGCCACAGAGACCUGAUGGAUGUCUUUUCAUUUCUGCCCUGUUACUGCUAGGAAGGACCAAACCAGGAUCACUCUUCUGCUUCGCUGGCUUCUCUGCCAGAGGCUCAGAAUGAGGGCACAGCAGUGACCAUUUGCUGGUUGGUUCUCUAGACAUGGCAGUGUGUUGGCACAUGGCAGGGGGGUCUGAAUUCAGAGCAUGUUUCCAGGCUGCCCUUCGCUGUGGCAUUGUCUGGGGGAAUGGGCACUCUGUGGGCACCAUUUGUGAAUUGUUAAUGGUUGGCAUUGAACCACCCAGAGUUUCAUGUCAGAAGUUGUAGUGGUAGGCCCCAGAAUUGCUGCAGAUGCUCAGACCUGUCUCAGGCACCUGCUUGAGGCUGAGAAGGGUUGGACAUGGGAGGACACAGUGGGAACGAGGAGCUGUACCCAACAUACUUCUGGAGCCUCUCCUCGGAGGCCUGGGAGCUCUGCAAGCUGUGGGAGCAGUGCAGCACUCAGGAACUGGUUCAGGAAGGAUUUAGAGACUUGGAUUCUGUUCUUUGCUGCAGAUGUGUAAGAGGCUUUUGACUGCAGUCGUUUAUUGUCCUGUUUCAUCCUUUGUUUGGCUGUGAACUUGCUGGGGCUUUGCUUCUCAGAAGCAGAAGAUAUUGAAGCUGCUGCUCCUGCAGAGACUCCUCUGCAGCCCUGUUAGGAAUGAAGGAAAUAAGAACUCUUGGGUUUGGCCUCAGCUAGGCCUAGGUUGGGUUAGCUGCUGACAGCUAACAGCUUUUAUACCUGUGUGAAGUGGGUCAGGUCUGCACCCCAGCGUGCUGAGGGCUCUGAUGUGUCUCUUCCCUCUGUACUCUUUGCACACUCCUGCUGCUGUGCUGGGUGCCAUCACUGCCCCAGUUCCACACAGCACCCCAGCGCUGGUGUGCCCGGUGAUGAGUGUGGCUGGGCAGAUCCUGUGCACAGGAGAGGUUGUGCAGAGACUGUCCCUGCAGGAUUCAAGAAGUCAAUGCCUCAGAGCCGGGGCUGAUGCACUGCAGGAGUGACACAGGGGUCCGUGGCUGCGUU